GUUUAGAAACGCUGCAUCACACAGCUUCUGGUCCUGUCCGAACGCUUCUGUGAGCGUUUAUCUCCUGCCGUGACGAUGGGUGGAGGAUGGUCAGAAGAAGAAAAGGAGAAGUUUGCUGCUGAGCUUUUCCAGUCUGUCCAGGGGACUUCAGUGAUGCCUGAUAUUGGCAUUGACUACUCCAUACUGAAGUACUCGGGACUGAACUCGUCCUCUGCUCUGGACGACUACUCUUCUCAGCUUAUCGACCUGUCCAUUUUAGGCUACAUGAAGGACCUGGGUUCUGCUUUAUCGAAUUUUAACAACGUACCGAACGCUGUGGGGCUCGGGGCUCUGCUUAUCUCCAUACUUCUGGACACCAUGAUUGGUCUGAAGAAGACCGAAGAUGAAGCAAAUGUGUCGGGAAUGAUGCGGCGGGUGUUCGCUGAAGAAAAGGCCUCGGAUGUCCGAGACUUCAUGGAUGAGUACAUCAAACGCUUUAGUUUAAAAAUGCACAAUCCUGAAGAGCUGCUGUACGAAACUAAACGCUUGGAGGAACAGCUCAGCAACGGGCUGACCCGGCUCAGGAACUCCAUGCUCCACGAUAACCAAAUCAGCACACGUUCAAUGAAGCACUGGACCAACGGCGCGGCGUUCCACCUGCAGAUGUUCAUCCACAAGGCCCGGAUGGAGGUGGGGAAAAGUGAGAGGUCGAGUUCUGAGCUCAACAGGCAGGUGCUGUCAGUCGGAGAACUGGCCGAACAUUACGGAAACGACAUGAAAAACCUUCUAACCAAGUAUGAGGCUUACAAACGUUCUACCAUCCAAACCAUCACAGACAAGCAGAGUGUUCUAACACUAGGUGAAGGGGCAGUAAUGACGGCUUUUAACUCUGUACAUUUCGAUACAGAGUUAAAUACGCAAGCUGGGUUGGAUCGGAACUAUAUGUUUAAGAACUGGAAUCUGCUUAAAGAGCUCAGGGAGUAUUUCCCCUCCAUCAAACAAAACCUUAAAGAGACGAUAAUGCAGAACACGACCUUUUCCAUCGAGAAGUUCUUACCUGCUCCAGAAAGAAAUGAUAGAACAGAUAACUGAAUGUAACUGUAACUACAGCCUAUGAUUAGCUUAAGAAUCCAGUGAGGACUCUUAAUUUAACCUAAGACUUAAUUUAUAUGUAGAUAGAUAGAUAGAUAGAUAGAUAGAUAGAUAGAUAGAUAGAUAGAUAGAUAGAUAGAUCCCAAAGGAAAUGUAGGCAUCCAGCAGCAACAACACAAUACAAUAAGAAGCAUAUUAAACAUAAAUUAAAACACAGAAUAAUAGAAAAAAUAUAUAAGACUAUAAAAAACGUACUAUACAAGGUAAGGAUCUAUCUGUAAACGGAGCAGUGCAGUAGAUGUUGCUAAUGGUCAUUAAAUUAUAAAAUAAUAAUUAACAGAGUAAAGUGCAAUGUGCAAUGACAUUGAUUACGAAAGUGACUGAUGUGACAUAAAAAUAUAAUAUAAAUAUGCAUCUGUAACAAAUAUAGUUCUAAAAAGAGAAUGUGAAUAUGAGAAUACCCAAUCAUGAGUAAAGUGUACUUGAAUGUAUGCCUCAGUUUCACUUAUUUUACCUUAUUUACAACUUUAUUUUGUAAAUUGUGCAGUUCUACAAUUUAAUUUCAUAGAUUUAACCCUUUACUUUGCAGCAUCUGACCCAAUUAAACUGUGGAAAUCUUUUUUUUUUUAUUAUUAUUAUUAUUAAGUGUUAGUGGAAAACAGCCAAACUUUUAUCUUUCUGUUGAUUUUUCAUGUCUGGUAUAUUUGGUUGUUUUUUAUUAUGUUAAUCUGUGAUUUAAAUACUGCAUGCAUGUCUCUAUUAAUGUACUCAUUUAUUUGCUUAUUUGCAUAUAUCCUACAUUUUACCCCACAUCUUCCGUCCUGAUGUUACACGCAUGAAAAAAAGAACAAUAAAGUGCUGAAAAUCCAAGUUUGGACACA